AUGUACAGUUACGUGACUAAAGAGCUGCUGGACCUUGUUAAUGAGAAAUUUCCUGUUACACACGGAGAACAAUCGAUCAUGGGACACAGUAUGGGUGGUCACGGUGCUCUUAUAUGCGCACUGAAGAAUCCUGGUCUCUACAAAUCUGUAUCGGCUUUUGCACCCAUUUGUAAUCCGACUAAAAGCCAAUGGGGUAAAAAAGUAUUCACAGGGUAUUUGGGCGAGAACGAAGAAGAUUGGGCUGAAUGGGAUGCAACGAUUCUUGCAAAAAAAUAUAGGGGUCCAAUUUUGUCCAUUUUGAUUGAUCAGGGCACAGCGGACCAAUUUUUGCAUCAGUUAAUGCCGGAAAAUUUGGUGACAGCGACUCAAGAUGCUGAUUUGACUCUAGUAUUGAGACGCCAGGAGGGAUAUGAUCACGGCUAUUUCUUCGUAGCUACUUUUAUUGAGGAUCACAUCAAGCAUCACGCCAAGAAUUUGCGGAACUAG